AUGAGCGCAGUGCUCCGUUAGACGAAGACGUCAUUGAAGUGCAGUCUUCCUCCUCCUCCUCCUCCUCCUCCAUCCAAAGAAGGAGGAUACACACAAACACACAUCGGAGUUGUGCUCCUUACUCCCCGGCCAGCCGCUUGAUGAGGUGACCGAUGCAUUGCGAGUAGCCGUCAAAAGCGGGGACGUCCCCUGUUCGUUCUACUGAGGUGAGCAUGGAGGAUUAUGACUACCUGUUCAAAAUCGUUCUUAUCGGGAACGCCGGAGUCGGGAAGACAUGCCUCGUACGCCGCUUCACUCAGGGCCUUUUCCCGCCUGGCCAGGGGGCUACGAUCGGGGUGGAUUUCAUGAUUAAGACGGUGGAGAUCAAGGGGCAGAAAGUGAAGCUGCAGAUAUGGGACACCGCGGGCCAGGAGAGGUUCCGCUCCAUCACUCAGAGUUAUUACCGCAGUGCCAACGCCCUCAUUCUUACCUACGACAUCACCUGCGAGGACUCCUUCCGGUGCCUUCCCGAGUGGCUGCGGGAGAUCGAGCAGUACGCCAACAACCAGGUGGUGACCGUAUUAGUCGGUAACAAGAUCGACCUGGCCGAGAAGCGGGAGGUGGCCCGUCAGCGGGCCGAGGACUUCGCCGAGGCGCAGGGCAUGCUGUACCUGGAGACCUCGGCCAAGGAGUCGGACAACGUGGAGAAGCUCUUCCUGGACCUGGCCUGCCAGCUCAUCCGCGAGUCCAAACACAACAAGCUGGACAACAAUGACGCUGCCCCGGUCCCUGGCGAGGGCAAGACCAUCAGCUACCUGAGCUGCUGCAGCCUCGCCUAGACAGGGCUCCGCGACGAAUCACGCCCCAGUCUCAGUAUUCACCAGCAGUGUUAUGCUCAACGCUCCGUUGGCCCGGUUGGAUUCUGUUGCCGUUUACAUCUGCGAAUGUGUGUGUGUGUGUGUUUUAUUCCUUAAUAUGUUGCACAAUUGUCUUGCCCUCAACAUUUAUUCCAUAUCCUUAAUAGCCAGUUCAGGGUCCCAUGUACAAGAAUGUUGACCUCACUAGUUGUGAUAAUUCAGCACACUAGUACAGUGAUUUCCAACCUUUAUAGAGCCAAGGCACACCAACAAAAGUAAAUGUCACCAAAAAUGGAUAGAUAAUUACUGUAUGUACUUCCUGCCAUCUAAUAGAAGAGGAUUU